AACCUCCACCGCGAGCAAUCCCCAUGCAUGCCCCGCUUCCUAGAGCCUAAAAAGUCAACACAACAUCGUGUAGCAGCAAUUGCUCUUUAUCGGGCUCUGCUUUUACGAUGUUCGUCUGCUCCCCUCUCCGAUGACGACCGCGUCUCUCUCCGCAACGCCGUGCGCAAUAAAUUUCGACGAAACCGGAAGAUACAAAGCCCGUACCAACUGGGGUUGAGUUUCAAGGCUGGCUAUGAGACGUUGGACCAUCUCGAUGCCUCGACGGCGGGCGAUGCAGCUAGCACGAGCAUACUGACGCGAAUGGUGGCUCAGCUACCACGCGCUCUGAUACGCGCUCCUCCAGUGAGAAGAACUAAAGACGGAGUGUCCAAGGAACCCAAGGAACGACUCGCGUGUCUCCCUCCAGAGAGGGCUGUCCUGAAUGUCCGCCCAUACCCAAAGACCUCCGGCCCCCGCCAUGUUCCCAUCAUGUCUUCCGCGAACGGAAUCCCCUUUCUCCGCCUCACGAAGCCUCAGCCUCCAGCUCUGAGCCGUGUUCUCCGUCAGCGACUCGAGCGCAAGAUUCGGCUUUUCGACACAAAGGUGCUACUGAGCAAUUGGUGGUUACCCAUGUGCGAGGAGGAGGAUGAGUGGGAUGCGCUUAUCAAUGCGCAAUUGCAGACGCGCGAGGACGACGUCAAAUGGACGGAUGCGAUUAGACAAUCAGAGCGGUUAAACCAGGAAGCGUAUCAGAAGGAUAUGCGCAAGGAUAGGGAGAUUACAAAGAAGAUGCAGAAUAUUGUGGAUUUGGAGACGAAGAUGGCACUGGAUGAGGGACAGACGAUUGUGAGGGGAAGAAGAAGGCGCCCGAUACAGGUCAUAAAGCCGAAACUUUGAUAGUAUAGUUUAGCCAUGCAACUGUGUGCGCUCAGUUUCCAAGGCGCAAAAGUUACGCAACACACACAUUAUGAUGUCGCCU